UUGUUUUUUAGAUUGUUUAAUCUUUAGAAAUCUGUCUGAACCAUGUCCCGUCCGAGAAGCCGAGCAAUGGUUGCCUUGGUUUUGACUCUCACUGCGACCUCGCAUUUCUUCAAUCUUCGUUGUUUUGUUCGGCCUGGCGCUCGAUACACGACACACCCAGCAGGUCGUAGCCAUGUGCGCUACGCUUUUCCUGGAGGAGAGAGCGUAGCAGCAGCUAUCGCCACUGGCUUUGAAGCGGUGGAGAACUUCAACAAAAUGGGGCAGUCCGCUGAUUUGAUUCAAAAGUGGUCGUCAGUGAUGCCCGGAGCAGAGUUGAAGCUCGAGGUCGACAAAAGCACCGACGAUAAUAUCGUCUUGAAGCAUGUGGAAAAACUUUGCGAAGAGAUCGCGCUUGCCGUAGACAACAACAAGACAAUUUCAGUCCUGGGGAUUAGUUCUCAGCGGCAAGCCAAUCUGGGUACGAGGGUAGUAGAUGAUACUCCAUUCCAGAAGCUGAUGACAAAAGUUCUGGCCGUCAAUCGAUCAGGGUGCACAGCUGUGCAUGCUGAGCCUGGGAUGGGCAAGUCCAUCGCAUCAUUGAGGGCACUGCCAGCUGGCAGAGUGUCCAAGAAUUACACAGUGCUGCUUGAUGGUGGCUUUCGCGCGGAAAUGAUGAGAUUCUUCAGGGUCAGCAGCUUCGAAUUGGUUGUUAGCGUUGCCCGCAUGGUUUUUCCAGCCCUCACGCAAGCUGGUGUAAGCAUGAACAUGAUUUUUGAUAACGGCGUCGAAGACGAUGAAGACUUCCACAAGUCGAGGGCUGAAUGGAUUUUUUUGCUGAAAGCAGCCUACGAGUCCAGAAGCCUUAGCAAUGAAGAUUGGUAGUCUGAAUGGUGAGAGAUCGCGAGUAUCUGCAGAACAAGAAACGCCAGAAAAAUACAGGUGGGCGAAGGAACAGGCACGUGAAUACCUCGGCUAUUUGUUGGAAGCUCGAAACAUCCCACCUGAAGCAGUCGGUGUGGAGAAGUUUCUUUCAAGCUGCUCGAUACCAGAUGUUUAUGGGGGAUGGAAGCCAAUAGCAAUGAGCAACUACUUGGACUUCAACGAAACGCCAGAGGUACCGCGUACAACCUCUCCAACCCAGAACAGAGCCGUUUGGGUGAGGCAAUUGCAGCAGGAGUACCGCCCCGGCAUUUGAAGGGCUUGAUCCUUGAUCUUUGGACUUGGCUGGGAGUGUAAUAAUACUCUAAGCCAUUCAGAGAGCGCUGGAGAGAAGGAAAGAUUCCGAUAGUGUGGAUUUUCUUCUGGAACCGCAUUCAGAAGUAUGAAGAAGUUUGAACUUCAGCAGUUUUUCAUGUCCAGGAAUUGUCUUGUGUGGCUUCCACUUCUCUGCGUUUCCUUUUCUUCUUUUGCUUU